CAAUAUAAAGAUCGUAAAUGAAUAUGGAUCAGUUAUAUUUUUAGGCAACCAGUAAUACACAAAAGUGCCAUUUCUCCAUGUCAAUCUAGACAGGCUACGUAGUAAACAUGGCCGCCGUUUUUUAGAAAUGUCAAACUACCAAAAUAAACCCACAUUUUAAUUUUUAGUUAACGUUAUUAAACUAUUGUUUCUAAAAACAAUGCAUCUCUAUCAGAAGUAGUGUAAUUUUCUUUCACAUGUCGAUCCCGCGAUGCAAAAAUUCAGCUCCACCAACCAACUGAGGCCACCAUGCUGUGAAAUAAAGGAAGUCCCAGAUUCGGUAACCGACAAAAAAUCCCCUUAUUCGCUCGUAGAAUGUAAGAAAAACGCAAAAAUGGGUCACAAAAGCCACUACCAAAAGGUUCUUUUGAAGAAUAAUGUAACUCAAGACUUUCGAACCCAAAGUCUGCCCAACUGUGUGGUGGACAAAAAGAACAAAAUCGAGGAAUACGAUGCUGUCGAUAACUGUGAUACUCACAAUAAACUCUUAGUCGAGAACAAUUCUCCGCAGUCGCCGUGGUUCAAAACGUGGCCAGAACGUGACAAAUUCAAAAGCACUGAGAGCAGUCUCAAUCCAUCUCCAAAUACUCAAGUAAAGUUUAAAAAUUGUGAUAUUGUAGAAAACGGUAUUAUUAAGAAAGUUACGUUAAGCGAAGCUUUGCAAAACAUAUCAUUAGCGUAUAGUCCUGUGACAAAACAAUUACAUUUAGUGGAAAAACCUGCAGAGAAUGAGCAAAUUGAUGACACUAGAGAUGACCUGAAGAAAGGACACACCAGAAAUCUCAAAGGAUCUUUUUCUAGUACUGUGUCCAGCCUGAGUGAACCCUCACCAUCAAAUACUUUAUUAGACGCCGAUGACAACUCAUUGAACAGUUUUGAUGACUCUAGAGAUCAAAACUACAAGAAGAGUCUCACUAGUUUUUUUACCAGGAGUGUUUUUUCGUCGUGGAGAUCAAGCUCAUCAGCCACGAGUUCAAGUGUUUGGAAAUUGUUUAGUAAAACUGCCAGGGCUAGUUCUUCCAGUUCUCCACAUCACGUGGCAAGCUCAACUGCACUCAUUCAGCAUCCAAGGCCGUCCAACUUGCCUGCUAAAACUCAAGAAGAAGAACAAAGACACCGGGAAGAAUAUAAGGCGAUGAUCGCCGCUGCCAAAAGGAAAGAAGCUCAAAAUAAUGUUGCCAGACAGAAGCUGCAGAAACUGCAGUUGCAGCAGGAGGAACAUCAAGCCACGGCUGCCAAACACUUCCUCAAGCAUGUUUUGCCUAAUUGGGAGCAAAUGCGCAGCAGCAAAAAAACCCUCGACCUCUGGUGGCAAGGUCUUCCGUCCAGCGUCCGCGGCAGAGUCUGGCGCCUGGCGAUCGGCAACGAGCUCAACCUCACCCCCCAGCUGUACGACAUCUGCGUAUCCCGCGCCCAGAGCCGCCUCAACAGCCCCUCGCCCUCGCACUCCGACAUGGAGCAGGAGGGCAGCAUGGACGUCAUCCAGCUGGACAUCUCGAGGACGUUCCCGCACCUGUGCAUCUUCCAGGAGGGCGGGCCCUACUCGGACGUGCUGCAUUCGCUCCUGGCCGCCUACGUGUGCUACCGCCCCGACGUCGGCUACGUCCAGGGCAUGUCGUACAUCGCCGCCAUCCUCAUCUUGAACAUGGAGGCGUUCGACGCGUUCAUUUGCUUCGCGAAUUUGCUGAACCAGCCGCUGCACUUGUCGGCGUUCACGCUCAACCAGGCGCAGAUGGAGGCGUACUAUUCCGCGUACAACGAGGUGUUCUUCUAUAAUUUGCCAAAGCUGCACCAGCAUUUCGAGGAGGCCAAGUUGACGCCGGAUCUGUAUUUGCUGGAUUGGAUUUAUACGAUAUUUGCGAAGGCGAUGCCGCUGGAUGUGGCGUGCAGGGUGUGGGAUAUUUUUUUGAGGGAUGGGUGCGAGUUUAUCUUCAGAACCGCCUUGGGUAUUCUUCACUUAAACCAAGAUACCCUAAUAAACAUGGAUUUUUUGCACGGAGCACAGUUCCUUACUCGUUUACCUGACGACUUAUCGUCAGACCAGUUGUUCAAAAGUAUACAGUCAGUUACAACAAACAUAGGAAAACAAACAUUUUGCCAAAUUGUCGAUAAGUAUAGCCUUUCAAUCAGGUAAUAAAAAAUGUAGAACAAAUAGUUAGAACAAAAUUCGCUCAGAAACCGAAACAAACAACUAGUUUGUAAUUCUUGUAAUUUUAUUUUAAUAUAAAUAUUUGUUGUGGUCCAAGUAACGUUAUGUCCUCUUUAUUUCCGUCCACUUCCACAAACACUUGUUUCACGGAAUCUCUACUGUUUUGUAAUUAAUUUAGGUAUAAAUACAAUACAAUGGUUUAAGAUAUUCUGUAAAGUGUAAUCAAAACUUGCCAGUUAGAGGGCGUUCUUUUCUGACCGGAAAAAAAAUGUACUGAGGUGCUACUCUAAAAAAAUUCUCUCGAAUUUCCGGUUCAGGUGAUAAGGCUGUGUAAGAUUAUUAAAUUUGAACGAUGGAAGAUCUCCAUUUGUAGAGAAUUUUGAGAGUUUGUUUAUAUUCAAAGAAAAUGUAUCAUUUAAAGGCGCGGAUAUUUCCUACUUGUGUUUUUAUGCUUUUUAUUGAUAAUUAAUAGUUAUGUAAACGCAGUUAUUUCAUGUUAGAUUCUGAGACGAAUAUUCAAAAUGUGUAGUUAUUUUUUACAUACGGCCAUGUUUAUUAUUUAUGGAGUGUUUGUAUGUUAACUUUUAAGUGACAUUA